CUAUCCGCCGCUGUUUUCUGCUUUCUGCCCAUGGACAGAGGAGCGAUGCUGACCGCGGCUCUGCUGUGCUGCUGGAGCUGCUCCGUGUAUUUGGUCACAGCCAUCCGGAGGACAGAUCUGUUUCCUUAUGGGACUUUGCAUGGAGAUGCAAUUCUACCAGAGGGCGACGAUGAGACCUCCAGAGCGCUGACCCUUCCUAGACCCCUUUACUUUUUUGACUCCUCAUUCUCCCAGCUCUAUGUGGCCACCAAUGGGAUCAUCUCGGCCCAGGACCUGCCGAUGGAACAGCAGUAUGUUGACGACGGCCUCCCUACAGACUUCCCCGUGGUGGCACCUUUCCUGGCUGACAUUGAUACCAGUGGAGGACGAGGACACAUUUAUUACCGGGUUACUGGGACCCCUGGCAUCCUGAAUAGAGUCACCCAGGAGGUGAACCGUGGAUUCCCAGACGCAAAAUUCACUCCCACACACGCUGUGGUGGCAACAUGGGAAAACGUGGCGGCGUAUGAAGACCAAGCUCGAGCCGCUGGUCCUUCGAACAAGGUCAAUACCUUCCAAGCUGUGAUUGGAUAUGAUGAAACCGACUCGUACGUUCUCUUUCUUUACCCUGAAGAUGGACUUACGUUUUUUGGGACACGGCCUAAGGAGUCCUAUAAUGUGGAGAUAGAGCUUCCUGCUAGAGUCGGCUUCAGUAGAGGAGAAGUUUCUUAUUUCAUCAUUUCCAAAACCGAUGGACCUUUUUACAGCGUUACCCAGGAUGAAGACAGUGUUAAAAGGCUUUCUCAGGUUGGAAACACUGGAAUAGCUGGCGUUUGGCUUUUCCACACUGGAAGACGUUACUUCUUCCAAGACAUCAUUCCUGCAUCUACUGGUGGUCUCCUUGUUAUCCCGCCUACUGUUGGAUAUAGCCCCUACCUGGACACAACCACCCCUGAAUAUGAGUUUGAAGAUUAUACCUUUGAGCCAGAGACAGAAGAAGAGGAGGGUAGCCAAACACUGACAGGCAGAGACCCUGAGUACCAACCAGAUCCUCGUGGUAGCGACCACUCAGACUCCCUUCAACCUGGAGGUUUCGCGCCUCCUCCUCAUUCAGAAGACUCUGAUCGGCAGAUAUCAUACAAAAGAGAAGAUGUACCAUUGCCUUUGGAGCCGGUAGAAAGGCAGUACGGUGCUCCUCGUGUUGGCGUCCAAGAAGGACGGGUCCAGGAACAGCAACCACAGCUUAAUUUGGACGUGGUGGACUUGUUUCCACCCCUUACAAGCAAAGUAGCCCUGUCUCCUGGAGGACACGUGGUCAGUGUGGAUGAAGAUGAUGUUGACUUUGACACAGGAGUGAUCCAGUACACAACGGAGAAUAAGGAAACGUGUGCCAGGUUCCAGAGGCAAUGUUCCCAGAAUGCAUUCUGUUCAGAUUAUCCCACAGGAUUUUGCUGUCACUGCCAAACAGGCUUCUACGGAAAUGGCCGCCAAUGUCUACCAGACGGUGCUCCUCAGCCUGUCAGCGGUAAGGUGAGCGGGACGGUGACGGUCGGCUCCACUCCGUUUGAGCUGAAUAACAUCGACCUUCAUGCCUACAUCGUGGUUGGAGACGGAAGAGCAUACACAGCUAUUAGUGAGGUGCCAGAGUCAUUGGGCUGGCCCAUGAUGUCCGUUUCACCAAUCGGAGAGCUUUUCGGAUGGCUGUUUGCUCUGGAGCUGCCCAAUAGCCAGGCAGGAUUUAAAAUCACAGGUGCCGAGUUCAGUCGUCAUGCUGAGGUGCUGUUUAACCCUGGGAACCAGCGCCUGUCCAUCAUCCAAACAGGCCGUGGCCUUGACGAACACAACCACCUCAGCGUGGAUACAGCAAUCAAUGGCAAUGUGCCAUACAUCCCCCCUGGAGCUGAGGUUACUAUGGAGCCCUUCAAGGAGACCUACCAAUACUACCCAUCUGUUACGACCUCCAGCUCCGUCAGGCGGUUUUCCGUUGUUUCAGCUGAACGGGGCGCAGAGUCCUACACUUUCCACCUGAAGCAGAACAUCACCUAUCGUGACUGUCGCCACAACAGCCAGGCCGCCACCCCUGAGACGCUGCAGAUCAACAUGGAGAGGGUGUUUGUGAUGUACGACAAGGAGGAGACAUUCAAAUCAAUGCUUUUUUUAACUUUCAAUGGUUCUGUUUUGUUCUCCAUGUUUGUAGCAGAUACUUCUGUGGUCGAGCUGUUGAACCCCUGCUAUACUGGGAGCCAUGACUGCGACACCACAGCCCAGUGCAUCCCACUGGAGGGACAAGCUUUCCGGUGCCAGUGUGCCACUGGUUAUAGAGGAGAUGGACAGAACUGUAACGACAUUGAUGAGUGUGCAGAGGGUUUGAGCUCUUGUGGCGAACACUCCCAGUGCCUCAACCUUCCUGGUACACACCGCUGCCAGUGCCAGAGCGGCUUUGAAUCCAGCUACGACGGCCAUACUUGCGUUGACAUAGAUGAGUGCAGCUCCUCUCCAUGUCACAUCAAUGCCAGAUGCAUCAAUGAUCUCGGGUCCUUCCAGUGUCAGUGCCUGCCUGAAUAUUAUGGGGAUGGGUUCCAGUGUUCCCCCCGGUCAGAUCGGCUGAGGAGCCAAUGCGAGCAGCACAGAGAACGUCUACAGAGUGAAGGACAAACAAGUGUUGGAGCUUACAUCCCUCAGUGCGAUUCUGAUGGACAGUAUCAACCACGGCAGUGCCAUGGUUCUACUGGACAAUGCUGGUGUGUGGACAGUAGAGGAGAGGAAAGACCGGGAACCAGGACUCCCCCUGGAGCGGCGCCUGUUGAAUGUGAAACACCAGAUCGCCCAAAGACUCAAUGUGAGCACCACAGAGACAGUGUUCGGACCGACAGUAACGAUGGACGUCUAAUAAAUGGAGCUUAUGUACCUCAGUGUGAUGAAAAUGGGCAGUACAGACCUCUGCAGUGCCACGGCUCUACUGGAUAUUGUUGGUGUGUGGACAGUAGGGGGGAAGAAAGACCAGGAACCCGUUCUCCACCUGGUUCACCCCCCAUAGACUGCGACAAACCUGAUCGUCCAAAAAGCCUCUGUGAGCACCACAGAGACAGUGUUCAGACCACAGACUCGGAUGGACGGCCUCUUCUUGGAGCUUUUGUUCCUCAGUGUGAUGAAAAUGGACAGUAUCUCCAACAGCAGUGCCAUGGUUCUACUGGACAUUGUUGGUGUGUGGACAGUAGGGGGCAGGAGAGAGCAGGAACCAGGACUCCACCUGGUACACCUUCUGUGGACUGCAGCAGAGCAGAUGAGCCAGAGCGUCCAAAGACUCGCUGUGAGCAUCACAGAGACGGCGUUCAGAACUCCGGUUCAGAUGGACUUCCUCCAAUUGGAGCCUACAUACCUCAGUGUGAUGAAAAUGGACAGUAUCUACCAGAACAGUGCCAUGGUUCCACUGGACAUUGUUGGUGUGUGGACAGCAUUGGACAGGAGAGGUUGGGAACCAGGACGCCACCUGGGUCACUCCGUGUAGACUGUAGCAGAGAAGGUGAGCCAGAGCGUCCAAAGACUCACUGUGAGCUUCACAGAGACAGUUUUCUGGCCUCCGGUCCAGAUGGACGUCCUCUCGUUGUAGCCUACGUACCUCAGUGUGAUGAAAACGGGCAGUAUUUACCAGAGCAGUGCGACGGUUCUACCGGAUACUGUUGGUGUGUAGAUGAAAGGGGGCAGGAGCUGGCAGAAACCAGGACUCCACCUGGUACGCCUCGUAUGAACUGCAGCAUAGCAGAUGAGCCACAGCGUCCAAAGACUCACUGUGAGCAUUACAGAGACAGUGUUCAGACCUCCAGUCCAGAUGGACUUCCUCCAGUUGGAGCCUACGUACCUCAGUGUGAUGAAAACGGACAGUAUCUACCAGAACAGUGUGAUUAUUCCUCUGGACAUUGCUGGUGUGUGGACAGUCAAGGACAGGAAAGAGGAGGAACCAGGACUCCACCUGGUUCACCUCGUGUAGACUGCAGCAGAGAAGAUGAGCCACAGCGUCCAAAGACUCACUGUGAGCAUUACAGAGACAGUGUUCAGACCUCCGGUCCAGAUGGACUUCCUCCACUUGGAGCCUACGUACCUCAGUGUGAUGAAAGCGGACAGUAUCUACCACAACAGUGCCAUGGUUCUACUGGGCAUUGCUGGUGUGUGGACAGCGAGGGACAAGAGAGGGCAGGAACCAGGACUCCACCUGGUACACCUCGUGUAGACUGUAGCAAAGCAGAUGAAUCAGAGCCUCCUAAAACUCGGUGUCAGAAUCAUAAGGAAAGGGGAUAUGUACCUCAGUGUGACGAUGAUGGACAGUACAUACCACUGCAGUGCCAGCCCUCCACCGGUUAUUGUUGGUGUGUCAACAAAGAUGGAGAGGAGAGAGAGGGAACCAGGACACCGCCUGGGACUCAACCAAAGGACUGUACGAAACCAGCAUCUAACAGUCGAGUGGAGAGCGUGUGUGAACGCUGGAGAGCCAGUUUGAUCGAGCAAUAUGGUGGAAAACCAGACCCACAACAGUAUUUGCCUCAGUGUGAACCAGAUGGAGAAUUCAGUCCCGUCCAGUGUUACGGGGAGUCCACUUACUGUUGGUGUGUGAACAAGGAGGGACAGGAAAUCACUGGUACUCGUUCACACGAUGCUGUCAAACCAGCGUGCCUCCCAACAGUGGCACCCCCCGUCGUACGUCCCGUGACCCGUCCAGACGUGACUCCUCCGGCAAACACCGACGUCACUCUCCUCUACGCUCAGGGGCAGAAAAUAGGAGCUCUGCCUCUGAACGGGACCAGACUGGAUGCAGCGCGCUCCAGUACUCUGCUGACGUUACAUGGCUCCAUAGUUGUCGGCAUAGCCUAUGACUGCAAAGAAAAUAAAGUCUAUUGGACGGAUUUGUCAGCGAGGACGAUAAACAGAGCUUCUGUGGCAUCCGGAGCUGAGCCUGAGAUACUCAUCAGCACAGGUCUCUUCAGUCCGGAAGGCUUGGCUGUGGACACCAAACGCAGGUUGAUGUUCUGGGUCGACUCGAACACAGAUGUGAUUGAAAGUGCUGACCUGGACGGCAGCGGAAGGCGGACCCUGUUUGACUUGGACUUGGUUAACCCCAGAGCCAUUAUAGUGGUCUCAUCCACUGGGAGUCUAUAUUGGACUGACUGGAACAGGGAGGCUCCUAAGAUCGAGACCUCCACCGUGGACGGUCAGGGCCGCAGAGUGGUGGUGUCUGACGGGGUCGGUUUGCCAAACGCUCUGACGUACGACUCCUCCUCUGGACAGAUCUGCUGGGCGGAUGCCGGUACAAAGCGGUUAGAGUGCAUCUCUCCAAAUGGCUCUGGACGAAGAGUGAUCAGCUCUGGGCUCAACUACCCCUUCAGCAUGGUCUACUACAGCAACCACUUCUACUACAGCGACUGGAGGAGGGAUGGAGUGAUCGCUGUGAGCAAAGACAGCAGCAAGUUCACUGAUGAAUACCUGCCAGAGCAGCGCUCUCACCUGUACGGUAUCACCAUAGCAACCAGCCAUUGUCUACCAGGUAGCCACUAACAACGGAUCAGGAGCCGCACAGUCAUUUGGUGCUUUAGUCAUGGGAGCCCAUCACAGACUGCCUUAACAUGGGAGCAGAUCAGGAGGCAGACCCCCCCUACCCCCAUCCUCACCCACAAAAUAUAACCCAAAGUAAAUGUUUUGUAAAUUUGUUUUAUACCUCAUUUUUUUCUACUUUUUUUUUAAUUGUUAAUUUGUUUUUUAUCACAGCUGUAAAACAAUUUAGAAGCUCCACCAUGUGUGUGGUGUUCCUACCACUUAAAGGGACAAUCCAGGAUUUUUAAAAGUAGGAUUCAGAUAAAGCGCCGCCUCAAAACGACCAUCUCUCGCCGUUAUUUGGAAAGGCCACCGAUUUAAAGACACACUGUUUAACUUUUGGCCACUAGGGGCGCUGGACCUGUAACUGCCUGUAUUUUGCUUCUACUAAACAUUGAAAAUAACAACAAAGACAUAUGACUGUAUACUAGGAGCAAAGUGUUAACUUACCAGUCUAAUAAUAAAGCUGAUGAAAGAGAAUCGGUUUUACAUCCAGCCUGCGCCAACGAACAAACUCAUUUCAAAAAUCGAUUCCUUUUUCCGCAGGCACAUCCCUUCAUGUUUUCUCUUUUUAUCCUCCUCAGAAGGUUUAAACUUUUUCAUUGCCUCAGCCAUGACCAGUAGUCAAAAAAAUAGAGCAAAAGCCAUGACUCCAUGACUAUAUGAUGUUCUUCCAGGUCACAUGACCUGGCCAACGGGGGUAUUUAAAGAUGGGAGGCCCACUCGUAGCAUUCAAGCACUGUACAUGGCCUGAGGAAUCAUUUAAAAUAAGUCAUAUGCAUCAACUCUUUAGGUCAAUAAGUCCACCUUUAGCUUAAAGACAGGAAAUAAGCUGAAGCUGAUGCUUUUAUACUGUCCAGUGGGAGCGAGUUUCACUCAGUUUUCAUUUCACAGACAUUUGUGUGAUCUUAUUAAUCUUAAAUUGAACUCAGCAGUAUUAAUAUGGAUUUAGAGCCAGUAGGUGUUAAACUGCAAGAAGCGUUGGUUUCAUCAGGACAUAUUUCCUUGCGUUAGCUGUAAGAAACAGAUUUUUUUCUCUUUCUGUCCAAGAAGUUGUAACAUAAAAUGGUGCAAAUAAGAAUGUUUUUUUUUUUAACUCACUGCCAAAAGCAAAUCUGUUUUGUCUGGGAUGAAACCGGUCGGAUUGCAGCAGCUACAGUCCUGUUAAUUUGCUGAAUAUUUUCACAUUUUAAACCUUUUCUUGUUAACGAGAUGUGAUAUUUAUAUCAAUAAAAUGUGAUUUGAUACCGGGUUUUUUUUUUUUCUAUGAUUGCCUUCCAGUCAAAGUGUGAUCUGUGGUAUGAUUCAUUUCAAAAUUAACCUUUAUUUCAUCGACAGGAACAAAAUAAAAAUUAAAUAGCUCAGAACAGCCUUCAAAAGUUCCUCAGUCUUUGAGGAAAUUACUUUUUUUUUUAACACAACUACAUGUAGUUUUUCUACAGGCCUCUCCUACCUUCAAAAAGAAGGUUUGUAUUUGCAUCUGAGGCUUGGGCCAUUGCUUCAAGUUCAACCAAACUGGCCCACAUCAUGCAACAGCUGUAAAAAAAAAAAAAA